UCUACCAGCUAGCGUUAGCGUGUUGUUAUGCUAAGGUCAGAAAGGACUUAGUGGCACUCGCUGGUUUAUAUCAUCAGUUGAAGAAUAUUCCUUAUCCUGGCGUCGAUCGCUGAGAAGGUGCACUAUUGGCUACUGACGUGCAUAAUAGUUUGUUACAUUCACAACAGUGUUGCUGUGGUAAUCCGCGCAGUGCUGAACAUCUCUGCUAUUCACUGUGCAACUGUAUCAUACCGCUAUCAAAACUUACUGGGACCGGCAGUACGUAAUCUUCUGAGAAAUUCUCAGUAAUCCACACCAUACACUGUACGCUAUACACCCGUGUACUACUGAAUAUACAACAUCACCAGGAGAACAUGUUUGCUUCAAAGUUACAUGGCAAUCUCAAGACUGUCAGUAAGUUUGUUCAGCGUGGUUAUGCUGUGAGUGUACAGAGCCGGUUAGUCCAGUCAACCAGCGGGUCAAGGUUAUGUGUUACUAGUAAGGUGACUCAGACAUCAGCACAGUCCAGGCAGUCAGUUAGGUGGAGAUCAGAUCAGUCUGGUCGUCAAGUCACUACGGUACAUGAUGCUGUUGAUGCCAUUGAUUCAAUCUGUGAUAGCAUCGUGAAGUCACGCACUUUUCAACCCAGCUAUCUACUAUCACAAUGUUCUCUCAUUCAACGACAUGUUACUGAACUACGGCGUCCAAGCAAGGUUGGGGAUAUCCUGCAGGCAUGUUCUCAUAUCAGUGAGGAGAACACUGACGUGACCAAGUUGGCAGUAUCUGCUCUGAACCAACUGGCCAGUCUACCCACGUAUGUCUGGCAAGACAACAGGAAUCAAGAGCACCUGAGAUGGGCAGUGUACUGGGCUGGAAAGUGUAGAUGUUCAGCUCCAGGAAUCACGAAGUUACUACAACAGCAGCUUGAUGUCAUGUGCAUUGAGGAAUGUAGAGAUGUUGAUCAGUGUGCAUAUGCAUUGUUUUUGUUGAAUAUGCCUGAUCGUCACCUGGCCCAACACUUGACGAAUCGCUACCUUACCAUCCAGAGUACAGGUGAUCCCAAGUAUCGUCAUACUGUAGUACUCAGACUACUUCUCUACUGUACACUGUGUGGUGUAGAGUGCAGUACCUUGCUGAAGCUGAUCAGUGUUGAUCAUCUGAUACAGAAGUGCAGUCCUCGCCUUGUGCAACUGCUAUAUUUGCACAACGCCCUCCCUGUCACUAACGACCAGCAGCUACAGAUAUUGGAAAGAUGUUUGGUGUGGUUCCAGAACGAUUUGACAAGUCAGAAGUCUGGCCGGAUGUAUGAUAUGCUGUCAUACUUCAUUGGCCCAAAGUACACCACUGGCAUAUCUCUGGUUGAUGGUGUGCAAGUUCAGGCAUUCUGCAUAUUCAACCAAGACCAUGAACCAAUGGAGACUGAUGCGUAUCCAGCUGAUGUAUACAAUGGUGGAUCAGUAAAUAUGACUGCAGCUAGAUGUCAUGGUUUCAGUGUUGUAGCAUGUCAGGGUGUGAGUGACACUCAGUUACUACGUCAUCCUGUUCGUACACCUCACGGGUAUGAUACUCUUGAGGCAUCAGCGCUCAAAUCUCGAGGAUGUUACAUUAUUCCGAUGGUACUCGAAUAUGGCGCUCGGCACUCGCAAAAAAGCAGCCACACUAUCCCGGAUUUGCUGAUCAAUUAUCCGUAUCACAUCACCGUGUUCAAAGACCUGUUACCCGCCAAGCAGUGAUGGACAUACACACUGAUGUCAUAGUCUACAAGAUGAUAUUUCUGGACAGCAGGAUACUAUGUCGAGUUGUGCCGUUAUGAAGUGUGUGAUAUCAUGUGAGACUGGAAUAUGAGGUCCGUUUUGUGAUUACUAAGAAAGUUGUGGACAUCUCUUUUGGUCUUGUGAUUGAAGUUUUCAUUUCUUCGAUUUCUUGCCACUUUUUCUGCUGAGCUGAUCACUGAGGAAAUUGGUGCUGCCUCUUGUUGAAUUCCACUCCAUUGGCUGAGUAACUGAGUACAUCGUAUGUGAGAGGGUAGUGCUGCUAGUGCUAGUGUAGUAUGCGUGUUGAUUGUGUUUUUGAAAUCCAGGCAUUGUUGAGUUUGUGCGUGAAUGUUUGCGUGUCUGUGCAUUCAGUUCCCAAUUCUUUUUUCUUUGUGCGUGCAUAUACAGUACAGUGUACUUUGAUAUUGUGAAUCCUCCACAUGACAUUGUGUGUUUUCAGCUUCCAUUGUCCAUACUAUGCAUAGUACAAGUAGCAUCUGGAGUAGCCAGGAUCCAUAUCUUUGACUGAGCUACAUAUUUAAAACUUAA